GCGCAGAAACCAGCGCCUGCGCGUGCGCUCUGUGCAUGCGGCGGCCCAGGGCUUGUCACCGAACCUGGCGACCGCAAGGCAGCGGGGGUCCCAGGGCUGCUGGGGUCGAGUCUAUAGCGUGAGGCGUCCUUGAGCUGAGAGGACCAUGAACCGCAGUCGGCAGGUGACGUGCGUGGCCUGGGUCCGCUGCGGCGUGGCCAAAGAAACACCAGACAAGGUAGAACUUAGUAAAGAAGAAGUAAAACGUCUCAUUGCUGAAGCCAAGGAAAAAUUACAAGAAGAAGGUGGCAGUGAUGAAGAGGAGACAGGCGACCCUUCGGAAGAGGGCAUGCAGAGUGCACGCACCCAGGCACGACCCAGAGAGCCCCUGGAGGACGGCGACCCAGAGGACGACAGGACGCCGGACGAUGACGAGCUGGCUGAGUACGACUUACAUAAGUACGACGAGGAAGGCGACCCAGAUACUGAAACUCUUGGUGAAUCUCUCUUGGGUCUUACAGUCUAUGGAAGUAAUGAUCAAGAUCCUUAUGUCACUCUGAAAGAUACGGAGCAAUAUGAACGUGAAGAUUUCUUGAUCAAGCCUAGUGAUAGUCUUAUAGUUUGUGGCAGAGCUGAACAAGACCAGUGCAAUUUAGAGGUGCACGUUUAUAAUCAGGAAGAAGAUUCCUUUUAUGUGCAUCAUGAUAUACUGCUGUCUGCAUACCCUCUAAGCGUGGAAUGGCUGAAUUUUGAUCCUAGCCCAGAUGAUUCUACAGGAAAUUAUAUUGCUGUGGGAAAUAUGACCCCUGUUAUUGAAGUGUGGGACCUUGAUAUUGUGGACUCUUUAGAACCAGUCUUCACACUUGGAAGUAAGCUAUCAAAAAAGAAGAAAAAGAAAGGAAAGAAGAGUUCCUCAGCAGAGGGGCAUACGGAUGCUGUCCUGGACCUUUCUUGGAAUAAGCUGAUCAGAAACGUGCUGGCAAGUGCAUCAGCUGACAACACUGUAAUUCUGUGGGAUAUGUCCUUAGGGAAACCAGCAGCUAGUCUUGCUGUACACACAGACAAGGUCCAGACUCUGCAGUUUCAUCCAUUUGAAGCACAGACUCUGAUUUCUGGAUCCUAUGAUAAGUCAGUGGCUUUGUAUGACUGCCGAAGUCCAGAUGAAAGCCAUCGAAUGUGGCGAUUCAGCGGGCAGAUUGAGAGAGUGACUUGGAAUCACUUUUCACCUUGUCAUUUUUUGGCUAGUACAGAUGACGGCUUUGUAUAUAAUUUGGAUGCACGUUCAGAUAAGCCGAUUUUUACACUUAAUGCACACAACGAUGAAAUCUCUGGUCUUGAUCUAAGUAGUCAGAUCAAGGGCUGUCUUGUGACAGCAUCAGCAGACAAAUAUGUGAAGAUCUGGGACAUAUUGGGAGACAGGCCAAGUCUGGUUCACUCUAGGGACAUGAAAAUGGGAGUUCUGUUCUGUUCUUCCUGUUGCCCUGAUUUGCCAUUUAUUUAUGCCUUUGGAGGUCAGAAAGAAGGGCUUCGGGUCUGGGAUAUAAGCACAGUCUCAUCAGUAAAUGAAGCAUUCGGAAGACGAGAGAGGCUUGUUCUUGGCAAUACAAGAAGUUCAUCUAUUAGUGGCCCUUUUGGGAGCAGAAGCUCAGACACACCAAUGGAGUCUUAAUGCAGAGCAUAAAAUUUCCUGUUUUUUAUUACCUUAACUCAGUUUUAAAAAGCUGACCUAGAAACAUCCAUGUGUAGCUACAGCCAUGUAGUGACUGAAACAAACUUCAUUUCCUACUGCCAGACAUUCCUCUUCAGCUAUGGCAGCAGCACAAGCAGGGCUGGUCUUUGCAUUUGCCUUUUCAGUGUGUGGUGUUUAGGGCUCCUACUGCAUUUCUUGAAGAGGAUAAUAAAGAGGUUUUUAAAGAAUAA